AUGGACCCUGAUAGCAUAACUGACGCCUCGAAUGUGAUAAAUAAAAAACCGAAAGAAGUCUCCGGGGCACAGCCGGAAUGCACAAUCUACAGAGUUCACCGACACUUACGCAACGUGAACCCGAAGGCCUACGAGCCCGAGGUGAUCGCCAUCGGCCCUUACCAUCGCCACAAUAAUAAUAGUAAUAAUAAUAACAAUAAUAAUAGUGAGCAUCUAAAGAUGAUGGAAGGCCACAAGCUGCGUUACCUGAGGCAGCUGCUUGUCACAAAGGAUCCACCCGAUGAUGUGGGAAGGUAUGUAGCGGCUGUAAGCAGAGUGGAAGCAGAGGCAAGAAGAUGCUACGCAGAUCUGCCUGAAACCCUAACCCAGACCGAGUUCUUACAAAUGCUUGUUCUAGAUGGUUGCUUCAUCGUCCAGCUAGUUCGUAAGUUUGAAACAGUGAUGCAGGGGGAGAGGAAUGAUCCCAUCUUCCAAAUGAACUGGAUUAUCAACAGCCUGCAGCGUGAUCUCAUGCUCUUCGAGAAUCAAUUGCCGUUCUUCGUCUUGUGCGAGCUUUACGACCUCAUCGAGGCACCUGGCCAGCAUUCUAGGUUUUUGUGCCUUCUCUUCAAAUUCUUCAUCAGUCUCUAUCCUGGACGGGGCAGCGAGCCAAUGCCGAUUGUAGAUCCUCGCCAGGUGAAGCAUUUGCUCGACUUCCUCCAUCAGAGCUGGCGUCCUCCGCUCCAGUGCUCGGGUGGAGGAAGCAGUCACCAUGUAAUAACACUAGGAACGCGGUUGCGGCUCAUCAGCAGCGCGACGAGACUUCAGCAGGUUCGUGUCGAGUUUAAGAACCGAUCAAGAGGAGGGACGUUGUUCGACGUUAGAUUCGAAAAGGGGGUGAUGACAAUGGCGCCACUAACCAUCGGGGACAGGACCGAGUCGUUCCUGCAGAACCUCAUCGCGUACGAGCAAUAUUUUGGGCAUAAUCAAAACAACUUCGUGACUGAUUACGUCAAAUUCCUUGACUGCAUCGUUGAUUCCUCCAUGGAUGUGGAGAUACUGUCUCGAAAAGGGAUCAUCGACAACUGGUUAGGGGAUGAACAUAAGGUGGCGGAGAUGGUGAACAAGCGGGGUGAUUCGGUGGCUGAACCGGGGAAUAACUUCAUGUAUGCGAAGAUGUUUGAGGAUGUGCACAAGCAUUGCAGUAAACGCUGGAAUAUGUGGAGGGCUAUCAUGAUAAGUGACUAUUUUAAUAAACCUUACGCUUUUAUUACUCUUUUUGUUGCCCUAGUGGGGCUUUAUCUUGCAGUCAUGCAAACGGUGUUUAGCAUACUAGAAUAUCUCGGAGGGAAUAAGUAAAUGAGGAAGAAGUAAAUGAAGAGGUUGUUUGAAGGAUGUUGGAAGUCUCUCUCUCGGGCACAAGUGGAGAUGCUCAAGAAUUAAGGCAAGGGUUGGUCUGGUGAAGAGUUUUCUCAAUUAAAGUGCACAUGUGUUGAUUGUUAAUUAUAUUAAUUGUAUUUUAUUUGAUGAUAGACUUGAGAAAUAUUGCUUGAUAAAUUGCUAAAUCCAUU